AGCAUCAAUAAAGGAUCACUACUCAAGUCAAUCACAACCAAGUCAGGGAAAAUGCCAUCUGACAUAGCAGUGACAAAAAGUGGAGAUCUAGUUUAUACUGAUUCCAGUGAUAGAACUGUGAACAUUGUGAAGAAUAAGAAGAUAGAGGAGGUGAUCAGACUACAGAACUGGAUACCUACAGGUGUCUGUAGUACCUCCUCUGGUGACCUCCUGGUUAUCAUGUGCAGUGAUGAUUACAAACCAACAAAAGUUGUCUGUUACUCUGGUUCCACAAAGAAACAAACCAUUCAGUUUGAUGAUAAAGGUAAACCUCUCUAUUCAUCUGGUAUCUAUUACAGAUACAUUACUGAGAACAGGAACCUGGAUAUCUGUGUGUCUGAUAGUGGGGCUAAAGCAUUAGUAGUGGUUAAUAAUUCAUGA